CCGCCUGGAUGCGUAUAUCUUCCGCGCCUAGCGGGCUAUGUUCCUUUUGUUUGGCUCUCCUGCGUUAUCGUCAGCCUCCCUGACAGCACCCACCGUGCUGCUGGACGUGACGGGGCGACAGCACCGCGAGAGCCGCACAACAGACGUAGAUGAGAAGUCGGCCUGGGGCAGCAACAGCAGCAGCAACAGCGCAGAGGUGUGAGGAUCUAGCCUCCAUCGUGUGUGGUGGUCUCGUGCUUGGCUUGGAGGGUGUCUACAAGGAUAUAAGGCGCUGACAACGAGGUCUGUGCAGAUGAAAUGAGAUCUGUGGUGCUGGCGUGGUCUGACAACUAAGGCAACUUCUGAUUCACUCGGCAAGUGCAAGUAGCAGCUGAUAGACUUCGAGGCAGCAUUCCAGAAUGUCAUAGCGGAGAUAAUGUUUAAUCGCAGAAAAACAUUUUCCAGCCCAAGGGUGUUACUGCACGUGAGCUGAAGAUGACCUCUCAACGCACCUUCCAUCGGGUGCCCAUUCGCCAGACGGCCUUGGCUCUGAUUGGUGAGCUGGGAUCGGAGAGCAACGCGCAUGGCGUGGCGCGCAUCGUGCAGUCACGUGACAGUCGCCGGAAAGUGUUAUGGAGCCUGCUGGUGCUGCUGGGAGUUGGGGCCGCCAUAUCGCAGCUCUCCAGUCUCGUCCACAAGUACCUGCAAUACCAGGUCGUGGAGGUCUCCGAGAUCCAAGACGGCCACCCCGUGGAGUUCCCCUCCGUUACAGUGUGCAACAUUGAGCCCAUAUCUUGGCGCAAGCUGCGGCAUCUGAUCGCUUCAGAAGACGGCACUUCGGACGUCAUGCGCUGGCUGCUGUUCCUGGAGGAGUUCCACUUCGGGCCCCAGCAGCACCACCUGCGCUCCAUCCGGGCCUUUCACGAGAACGUGGGGAGCGACGCGGUGCACGUGCGUCACAGUCUCAACGAGUCGCUACUGCACUGUACCUUCAACAAGGCGCCGUGCUCCACCGCCAACUUCACCACCUCCUUCGACGGCAACUAUUACAGCUGCUUCACUUUCAACACGCAAUCCACAAACACCUCCAACCGACUGAUCGUCCACUCCACGGGCCCGGAAUACGGACUGAGCAUCGUCAUGUUCCUGGACAUCAACGAGCCGCCGCUAGGCACGUAUGCCGUCUACACGCUGGACUCCGGGAUCCUGCACAGCGCCGGCGCGCGCGUAAUGGUGCACGCGCCUAACACCAUGCCGGUGCCCGUAGACUAUGGUCAGGAUGUGGCACCAGGCUUUUCCACCUCCAUCUCCAUCAAGCCCUACCUGCACGCACGCCUUCCACACCCUUACGGAAACUGUUCUGACACCCGACUGCGUGGUCUGCCCAGUUUUACGAGCACAUUUUCCACGUGCCUGGCGGUGUGCAAGCAGGAGCUGAUCGUCAGCCGUUGCGGAUGCCGGUCCUCGGCGUUGCCCGAGCUGACCUCCCUGACCCACGUGCCGUACUGCGGCCAGGUGCCGGACUGGCGAGAGAUGCUCAACCAUCGCGGUCGCUACAACCGCUCGCAGCACCUGCCGGCGCUGGACUGCGAGGAAACCGUCAUGGAGCGACUGAAGAACGACAGGGGUUACGAGACGGCGUGUGGCUGUACCCACCCUUGCGGCGAGCUGUCCUACCGCAUGUCCACCUCCAUGUCCUACUGGCCGCUGGAGCUGUACCAGUUCGACGCUCUCCGGCAGCUCUUCGGCCCCACGGAGGUCCAGAAGUCUCCCCUGAACCGGGCGUACUCACUGCAUGACCAGAACAUCAAGGAAGGCCUGGAUCAGUUCAAGAAGGCACAAGAGCAACGCGAGCAACGCGAGCAACGCCCACACACCAGCAGCGGACAGGACGGCAACGACACGAGAGAGUCCGGCAACGAGACGGGGGGAAGCGAGGACGACUCGUAUGCAGACGCCUCCACACCCCCGUCCUCCUACGUCACUCUGGAGUACAACCAACAGCAGCUGGACAACCUUCGCGAUGCGUCCACCGAGAUCCGACAAAACCUGCUGCGCCUCAACGUCUACCUGGAGGACCUGAGCGUGGUCAAGUUCAAGCAGAUGCCAGCCUACGGCAUGGAGGACCUGUUCGCCGACAUCGGUGGCACCCUCGGGUUGUGGAUGGGCGUGUCCGUGCUGACCAUGCUGGAACUGUUGGAGCUGGUCGUGCGCUUGACCCACCUCUUCCUGCGGGCAGAGUGGAAGCCCGGGGAAGAGGUCGUGGACAAGGCGCCACCAGGCGACGAACGCGCAGCGGCGGAGGCCGGCGGCGGCGCACCUGCAGGUGACGGGAGGUACGCACGCGAUUACGUCAGUACGCACGCCGCGGCGCAGUGUGACGUCGUCCACGCCGACGAAAACGACUACUACCGUUCACCGGGUCUUUGGCCGCGGCAGAACGUGGACACAAAUGACCGCGGACCUAUGCCCUUCGAAAACUUGCGGUCUGGUUACACAACAACUUACAGCGGAAACACGAAAUACUGGCGUCUAAAGCGGGGCAAGAAGAGGUGACCCCGAUCAGCUUGCAGACGUCACAUCUCUACCCAUCAGCUGACCCCUGUGUGUACAAAAUAGCGCUAUUUUUGGACUCAUGUUAACCUGGUAUUUUUUGUUUCUUGGUAAAGAUUUUGCUUCGGUGGUACCAGUGCAACGAGAUAUACAGCGUGCAAUUAUCUAUGAACUGGAUGUUUUUAUCUGCGAAGGUUUCGGAGGAUACGAGUUAUCAUGGGACGGCCAUGCUUUAAGAUUAUGUCGAUUCUGUUAAUGAGUUAUCUGUGCAAAUGAUUGAAGGGAAGAAACUAGGUCUAAAAUAUAUUAUUUAAAAGACAUUCAAGUUAUGAAAGUUGGUUGCUUCCCAACUUAAAAAAAAAUAUGUGUGUGUGUGUGUGCGCGCGCGCAUUCCUUAUUCCGAUGGAAGGCCUUUCUUUUAGCAUAACUGUUGAUGUCAAUGCGACAAGGUAAAAAAAAAAACAAAAAAAACUCACCCAUGAGCUGGAACGAUAGAGGUAUGAUAUUGUGGGACUGGCACAGGCAGAUGGCCAGGCUUUAGGGAGAUAUAUAGCAGCUCACGAUCGUCACAGGCUGUAGUACAGGUGGGGUUUUUUUUCGGGGGGUUGGCGUGGGAUUUCUCGUACGCGGAAAAGUGGUCUGAGCAGCCAUCAGCUGUACAUAUAUUUCCCGCAGGCUGAUCUCUAUUUGCAUUUCGGCCAGGCCUCACAAUAUCACCGCUGUCCAAGUUUACGCUCCAAAAACCCUGAACCAAGUAAAUGAGUUCACUAAACAGCUUUAACAAAUGCUCAAGACAGUGCCGAAGAAAGAUAUUUGUUUCGUGUUCGGGGACUGAAACGCCAUGAUGGGUUCAACCUUGGGCAGGAACGGUAAGUGAAUUUAGGAAAAACCAGUGACGGGGUUUUCAGCAGAACUCGUAGAGUUCAUACAAAGCUGGACUCAGCUCUAGCUAGUACCCUUUUAUUCUCACAAAUAAUCAAGGAUGGCAACAUGGCAUUCCCCAGAUGGUUCGAUCCAUGACCAGAUCGACCACACCAGACUACCAAGAAACAGUGAAGCCUCUUAUCCCUCUGUGCUGAAGAGUUUGGGAAAACAAGGAGUGGCCCAAUGAGCUUGUCAUACAGCUUCAGCAAACAGUGCCAAAACUAUAGCCUAAUCCAAGCAAAAUCAAACAAUGUAAAUCACCUUGCCAAAGAGCUGUUGUCCGAAAAGAAAGGAGCAUAGUCAACAGUCGCAUCCUGAUUUAAAAAACACUAACAACAGAGAGAGUUUUAAAAAGCUGUAUAAAUUCCUCGUAGACUUCUGAUGCACGAUUGCAAGUGGUGGACUCUGCUUGCUUAGGAUUCGAGACCAAGUGCCUAAGAGAACUGCUCCGAAUUUCCUACACGGAACAGACGACCAAUGAUCUGGCGCAGUCGCUAUCAUCGUGGGACACCAGGAAACCUCGCAACAGCGAAACGGCGUAAGUUGUCCAUGUCGCCCUGCACGACAUUCUGUCUAUAAUCGUUCUUCACAGCACCAUGGAAGAUCGACGAGGUAGACAGAGGAAGAGCUGGAUGGCGAGCGUGAAAGAGUGGACUGGUCGUUCCAUGCAGCAGGACCGUUCAAGACUGAUUCGAGUGACCAUCCUUGUCGGUGCGGCAUCUAGCCAGGUCCCCCAGACGACCGGUACAGGCAGGCCAGCUUAUCUGGUGAUAGCACCAGUCAAGGGAUCGAUGAUGAGAUGAUGAUGAUGAUGAUGGUGAUGAUGCAUACCAAAGUAGAUAAGAGGAGGCAGAGGCGCCAGUAUGGUGAUCCAAUGAGGUAAAAGGAGCAGACUUGUGGGGUAACUGUGUAUAUUAAACUGUUAGAAAGAAGUGAAUACCAUUCAUACAAAACGCAUCUAGCCGCAUUUGCUUCUCAAUGGAUCUAAUGGCAUGUCUCCUUGUAUAUUUUAUUGGUCCAAUACAGAAUACUGUAUGGGUGUGACUGAACACAAUCAUUCACUCAGUAAAAAUCCUCUUUUGUUGAUGCAGCAUCAUUGUCUUGAGAGUGUUUAGAUCUCAAGCAUGUGUACAAUGUUUCUACCAGUUAUAAAACUGAAAAUUAAAAAAAGUUAAAACAAGCUGUGGUUUCAUUUCCACAAUAAGCUUAAUCACAAUGUGUUCUCAUGAUGAUUUCCCCCCACCCCCACCAAGAAACAAAAAUUCCCUAAA